AUGGACAAGGAGAAGCUUGCAACCAUGGAGUCACACGAGACAUCAGGCAAGCAAGUCGAACCCCAUGGCAAGGCGAAGGAGAGGUUCCUCGACUUCCUCAGGGCGGCGCCUUCCAAGGACGUAUGGCUGCACCGCUUCGGCGUUACCGCCCCGCAAGCCGUCCUCCGCCGCGUCGCUACCGUCCGCGCGCGCACUGCCGCCUACGCACCGGCAGCCUACGCCCGCCUCUUAUCCCUCCGCGCGCCGGCGUUCGUGCGCACCGUGGACUGGCGCGCCCUGCGCGCCCGGUGCAAGGCCUGGGCUCGGCGGCCCACGAACGCCGCGCUGCUCGUGUGGCUCGCCUUCGUCGUCGCGGGCGUCGCGUUCGUGUUCCUGCUCAUGACGGGGGCGCUCAACUCCGCGGUGCCCGACGCGUCCCGGCGGCGGCGGUGGACGGAGGUGGCCAACCAGGUGCUCAACGCGCUCUUCACCAUCAUGUGCGUGUACCAGCACCCGCGGCUCUUCCACCACCUCGCGCUCCUGCUCCGGUGGCGCGACGCCAACGCUGCCGAGCUACGCGGCGUCUACUGCAAGAACGCCGCCGCCGGGCCAAGGAGGGAGCGUCUCCACGUCGCCGUCGUGCUGCUGCUGCUCCACGCCACGUGCUUCGCGCAGUACGCCUACUGCGCGCUCUUCUGGGCGUUCAGCAGCGACACGCGCCCCGACUGGGCCGUCAACUUCUGCAUGGGGUUCGGGCUCGCCGCCCCCGUCGCCGCCGCGCUCUACAUGGUCUACGGCCCGCUCGGCAGAAGGAUCGUGCAGCUCCCGGAGGUAUCCACCGACAACGACGACGAGGCCGUCGCGGUGAAAGAUGCGGCGAUGGCCAACGAGGAGGCACAGUGCAGCGCUAGCAGAGUAGCGGUCGCCAGGCCGGAGUGGGCCGGCGGGCUGUUCGACCUCACCGACGACCCGACGGUGGCGGCGCUGUCCCUGACGUGCGCGUUCUGCGUGUUCGGGUGGAACAUGGAGCGCAUGGGCAUGGGCAACAUGUACGUGCACGUCUUCACGUUCGCGCUCCUCUGCGCCGCGCCGGUGCUGGUGUUCGCGGUCGCCGCGCUCAACAUCCACGACCCCACGCUGGGGUACCUCGUCGGCGCCACGGGCGCGCUGCUCUCCGUGCUCGGCCUCACGUACGGGGGCUUCUGGCGCGCGCAGAUGCGGAGGCGCUUCGGGCUGCCGGCUGACCGGUCCAUGUGCGGCGACCGGCCGGCCGUGGCGGACUAUGUCAAAUGGCUGUUCUGUGCGCCGUGCGCGCUGGCGCAGGAGGUCAGGACGGGCAACUUGUACGACGUGGAGGAUGGCAGCUUGUACCACGUGAGGGGCAGCGACGAGGACGCGGCGGCGGAGGAAAAGCCAACGAUGGCGCCUCUGGAGAGGGAGGGGUGCGUCGCGCCAUUGACGGCCGACAAGGCACGCGAUGGUAUUGAGUGUGUAGUUACCGUUGACCCGCCGGCGCCGGUGAGGAUUUAA